GCUCGCCCGCCGAGCCCAGCGCCGCGGCGGGGCUGCCGGCUCCGCGCCGACGUGCCGCACCAUGGGCAGCCAGGGCUCCAAGGCGGCCAAGGCGGAGGUAGGCGCCCAGCCGGCCGGGCCCGCCGCCGCCGCCGAGCCCGCCAAGGCCAACGGGCAGGAGAACGGCCACGUGAGGCUCAACGGGGACAUGACGCCCAAGGUGGGCGUUGAGGCUGCGCCCCUGAACGGCAACGGCUCUGCUGAACCCCUCAAGGAGGAGGGCAAGGGCGAGGCGGGCGGCGGGGACGCCAUCGAGCCUGCCCCCGCCGCCGAAGGCGGGGAGGCUAAGCCCGAAAGCACUGCGGCCCCCAAAGACACCCCCAAGAAGAAGAAGAAGUUCUCGUUCAAGAAGUCCUUCAAGCUGAGCGGGAUCUCUUUCAGGAAGAACAAGAAAGAAGCUGGGGACUCCUCUGUGUCCUCUCCCACUGAGGACCAAGGCAAAGCAGACACCAAGGGAGAGGAGAACCCUGCUUGCUCCGCGAGCGACACAGAGCCAACUGCUCCUCCGCAGGAAGGGAAAGCAGAGGAGAAGGGCAGUGCAGGGGAGAGCAGUACUGCUGCUGAUGGGCAGCAGGAAGCUGAGCCCAAGAGGGAGGAUGCAGAAGCAGGGGAAGCCAAGGAGGAAGAGAAGCAGCAGCCAGGGGAAAGCCAGGGAGAUACAGCCAAACCAGAGGAGCCCUCAAAACCUGCAGGGCCUGAGCCUACAACAACUCCUGCAGCAGCUGAGCAGAAGGAAGAGUAGAGCCCACUUGGUAUUGUCCUAACUUAAGACUCUUAUGCCAUCCUCUUCAUCCCAGUAACACCACGGACUCGCUGCCUUGCCCACACACCUUCCGUAUUCAACGUAGAACUGACAAACGCUCUCUAAAAUUGACCCCAAGUUAUUUCUUCCCCUCUCCUGUUAGAAAACUGGUCUGGAUUCCCACCACCAUCACUACAACUUGGAGUAGUUUUACCUGAAUCCUUUAAAACUGUGGAGGAAGACUAUCCUGGACAUAACUGGAAUUUACAGUUUGAUAAGAACCCAGAUUUUUACAUCAUGCUCUGGUAUCUCUGCUGGCCUCCUGACUGUUCUCACUAUCUUCCAAGCAGCCUUUGAAGCCCAGCAAGCCAGUGACUGUUCAACGGAUUCUUUUUCUCAGUUCACAUUCCUGGUUCUGACUUCAUUUAAAGUAUUUCGUGCUUUUUAUAGAAACCAAUGGUUUAAAAGCUAAUCUGGCUAGUUUUUUAUAAUGUCUUACUAUUGGCUUAAAACCAUAAAGCUUGUAAGUCCGCUGUGUUUAAUUCUGCUUCUAAGGGAUAUAACUUUUGGGGUGUGGGGGUGGAGGGAGGGGGUAUGCCAGCUGUAUAAUGUGAAGCAUUGUUGUUUUCUCUGUAAAUAAUUUUUUAAUGGCCAAAACACUUGAUUUGCAAUUUUCUAACUCCUAAAAAAGCUGUAUGGGUUUUAUUGUAACAUUUGAAAGGAAUAAAUGGUGACCCCUU